AUGGUUCUGCAAGAGAAUGAGUGUGACUCUGUCUUUGAGCCACACAUCAAAGAGGAGAAUGUUGACACUCAGUAUGGGAAGGUCCACUGCAUCAUGAUGGGGACUCCCAGGGCAAACCGGCCAGUCAUUCUUACCUAUCAUGACGUUGGACUGAACCACAAAUCAUGUUUUGAGACUCUGUUUACGCAUGAGGACAUGCAAGAAAUCCUCAGACAUUUUCCCGUUUGUCAUGUUGAAGCCCCUGGACAACAAGAAGCAGCCAAAACAUUCCCUACAUCGUAUUCCUACCCAUCCAUGGACCAACUGUCUGAAGCGCUAACCACUGUGCUCAAACACUUUGGGUUGCACAGUGUGAUUGGGCUGGGAGUUGGAGCAGGCGCCUGCAUUUUGGCAAAUUUUGCUCUGAAUCACCCUGACCUCGUGGAUGGAUUGGUUCUGAUCAACAUCAACCCAAAUGCUGAAGGAUUAAUAGAUACUGUUGCUAACAAGAUUACUGAAUGGACCCACACUCUCCCUGACACAAUCAUCACACACCUAUUCGGAAAGGAAGAAAUCCAGUCCAACCAUGAUCUCAUAGCUACAUACCGCCACCAUAUUACUGCAACCAUGAACCAGUACAAUGUGGGACAGUUUUUCCGUGCUUACAACAGCCGCAGUGCACUUGAGGUUGAGAGGCCUGUUCCUGGAGGAAAUGUCAAUGUGAGGACCCUAAAAUGCUCCACAUUGCUGGUUGUUGGCGACAACUCUCCAUUUGUGGAUGCUGUGGUUGACUGCAACUCUAAGCUUAACCCAACAAAGACCACAUUUCUUAAGAUGGCGGACUGUGGAGGACUUCCUCAAGUGGCUCAGCCAGCCAAAGUGAUUGAAGCCCUCAAAUAUUUUAUCCAAGGCCUGGGAUACUUAUCUAGUGCCAGUAUGACCAGACUUCGGUCAAGGACCACCUCGAGCUCCAGCGUCUCGUCCAUGGAGAGCUCUCGGAGUCGGGCGCAUGAGAAGCGUGGACGCUCCCACACUGAUGUUUCAAUGGAGAGCAUCUCUAAUAGCUACAUGGACCGAGUCAUUUCAAAGUCCACACAUGAAGUGGCAUGCUAG